AUGGACACAGGAGACGGAAGGACUGCAUAUAUGGACUUUUCGACCAAAGUGUCUGGAUUCGACACCGAUAUAAAAGUCCUAGAAACAAGUACUCAUAUAUUCAUAUAUGUAAGUCAAUGCGAAGAGACAAUUCACUUAUAUGAUGAAGCGUUGAAGAAGGAGAUAACUAAGAAUAAGAUAAGACCUAAAAAGAAGCUUAUUGUGUUUUGUAAUAUGAGAGUUCAUGAAGGUUUUAACGAUAUCAAAAAGGUAGUACUAGACAUAUUAAGAAAGUAA